UACCUGCAGUGUGGCUGCGGGCGGGGCGGCAGCAGGAAGAGGACGGCGCGGCGCGGCGGCGGUUCCGGGCACGUCGAGCAGGCGCUGCUCGUUCCUGGCGCUAGGACCCUACCGCCGCUCCCUGCUCCAUGGCCGCUCCGCAGGACCCGCUGCCCCCAGCAGAUAGUGCAGCCAAGGAACCAGUGGAGGAUACAGAUCCAAGCAGUCUUUCCUUAACAAUGACUGAAAAAUAUCCUGUCCAAGACACAGGACUACCUAAAGUAUUUGUCUUAGAUGAGAAAUACCUAACAGACCAAGUUACAUUGGAGAUUGCAUCUGUGAACAUCAAGACCCUAACGUCAGAUUCUGGCCUUAUCCAACAGCCAGAAGACAAAGACAUGCAAAACCAUACUGACGAAUCACUUUCAGAGCUCAAGAAAACCUGCAAGGAAAAUGGCACCUGCUCUUUGUGCUUAUUCCGUGCACCAACCAUCAGCGAUAUGCUCAAUGAUGAGGACUUGUUGUACACAGUGAGGCUAAAGCUGGAUCCCUGCCACCCAACAGUGAAAAACUGGAGAAAUUUAGCAAGCAAGUGGGGGAUGACUUAUGAUGAAUUGUGUUUCCUUGAACAGAAGCCCCAAAGUCCCACCUUGGAAUUCUUGCUACGGAACAGUGACCGGACUGUGGAGCAGCUGAUUGAUCUCUGUAAAUUUUAUAAGAGAAUUGAUGUUGUGAAAGUGCUGCUGAAAUGGGUGGAGGAGGAGUGGCCCAAGAGAGGGAAAAGAACUUACCAGAAUGACUUGUAGAUUAGAGCAAGUUGACAGUCUCUAUAUGUUAAGAUCUGCGAUUAGCUGCCACCAGGACAUGGGAAGUUUCCCUUGCAAGAGAGAAAGAGCCUGUACUGAUGGUGUGUAGACUGUGUAAACUUUAUGUACUGUAUAUACAUACAUAUGUUUUGUGCCCUCAGGGUUGCAAAGAUAACCUUCCAAAAAUUGAUGGAAUAAUGCAGGUUGUAUUCUUGAGUCUACAGAUGCCUUCAGUUUCUUGUUGCUGUUUGUAGGCUUCAUAGGCAGAAGAGAAAUGAAAAAGCCAGACCACUGGUUUAACUGUAUCAGUUGUGAA